AUGGUCAAGGUAGAGAUAACCAGAAAGAUGUUGAAAAUCGUUAGUACUUUGAAACCAUUAUUUUUGUUAAUAAUACUGCUGCACCGAUCAAAUAGCCAGCAUAAUCCUCAUUGGUGGUCGAAUCGCAAUACUAUAGUCCAUCUAUUCGAAUGGAAAUGGUUAGAUAUUGCCCGGGAAUGUGAAGAGUUUUUGGCUCCUCGUGGUUUUGCUGGCGUACAAGUGUCUCCGGUAACAGAAAAUGUUAUUGUUGCCAAACGUCCGUGGUGGGAACGUUAUCAACCGAUAUCCUAUAAGUUACAAACACGGUCGGGUUCGGAGCUAGAAUUUGCCGAAAUGUGUCGUCGUUGUAAUAAAGUGGGCAUACGUAUUUAUGUCGAUGUUCUACUAAAUCAUAUGGCUGCCGAUCAAUAUCAGCCGGCGAUGGGCACAGCUGGCUCUAUAGCUGAUCCGGGGUCAAAGUCAUUUCCAGCCAUACCAUUUACCGCAUUAGAUUUUCAUUCGACCUGUGAAAUUUGGAAUUGGAAUGAUCGUUAUCAGGUGCAAAAUUGUGAGCUGGUGGGUUUGAAAGAUCUAGAUCAAAGUAGCGAGUGGGUGAGGGAACGUUUGGUAGAGUUUUUAGAUCAUUUAGUGGAGCUGGGUGUGGCGGGGUUUCGAGUGGAUGCAGCAAAACAUAUGAGGGCAAGUGAUUUGGAGAUCAUUUACAAUCGUAUUCGCGAUCUUAAUGUGGAUCAUGGUUUUGCCCCCCGUUCCCGAGCCUUUAUCUAUCAGGAAGUUAUCGAUCAUGGUCACGAAACUGUCAGCAAAUAUGAAUACAAUCUCUUGGGUGCAGUGACAGAAUUUCGUUUUUCCGAAGAAAUUGGUAGAGCUUUUCGAGGGCACAAUCAAUUGAAAUGGCUGCAAAAUUGGGGUCCACAAUGGGGCUUUUUGCCAAGUGAACAUGCUUUAGUUUUUGUCGAUAAUCAUGAUAAUCAACGUGAUGGCGGAGAGGUACUGACCUAUAAAACAUCGAAACAAUAUAAAAUGGCGACAGCUUUUACUCUAGCUUAUCCUUAUGGUAUAACACGUAUUAUGUCUUCCUUUGAGUUUUCUGAUCGUGAUCAGUCACCACCCCAAACGUUUGAGGAAGAAAUUAUAUCUCCCGAAUUUGAUGAGGCGACUGGAGCCUGUGUUAAUGGCUGGGUUUGUGAACAUAGAUGGCGCCAAAUCUAUAAUAUGAUUGAGUUUAAAAAUGUUAUAGGUCCGGUGGGCAUUAAUGACUGGUGGGAUAAUGGUGAUAAUCAGAUUGCCUUUUGUCGUGGUAAUCGAGGUUUUGUGGCUUUUAAUGGUCAAUCGUAUGAUUUGAAAGAACGUUUAAUGACUUGCCUGGAACCGGGUGUAUAUUGUGAUGUUAUAACGGGUUCAAAAGUUAAUGGCCAAUGUAGUGGUAAAACGGUUGAAGUGGAAUUAUGGGGUUAUGCUGAUAUAUUUAUAGGUUCUCAGGAGCAAGAUGGUGUUUUGGCAAUACAUCGUGAUUCCAAAUUGUAAAUAGCAGGGAUCUAAUGAAGAAAUAAAACUCAAAUGGUUUAAAUUUUCAAAAAUACAAUAGAAUUUUUUUACUUUAUUGAAAAACAUUUUUAUUGAAAAACAUUUUUAUUAUUUUG